CUUUUUUUUCUGUAGUUUAUCAGUGUAUACCACAAGAAACUGUUAAUGAUUACAGAACUAACAGAUUUUCUUAACGAUAUACCCUGUCCAAACAGCGUGCUAGACGAGCAUUUUUGGUGAGUUGCGGAAUCGUACAAUUAGGUACGAGUUUUAACAUUGCUUGACGCCGUGACGACAACAACAUCACUCAUUGAAUAUGGCAGACGAUGAUUUGGAAGCUAUACGUGCCAAAAGGAUGGCUGAACUCCAGUCACAAAUGGGCGGAGGUGGUCCAUCCAAGGAACAACAAGAACAACAGAGAGCAAGGCAAGAGGAAAUGAAAAAUAACAUUUUGUCUCAAGUCUUAGACCAGUCUGCAAGGGCAAGAUUAAACACGAUCUCUUUGGCAAAGCCAGAAAAAGCACAAGCUGUUGAGAACAUGUUGGUACAGAUGGCAAGAAUGGGUCAGAUACAGGAGAAGCUCAAUGAAGAUCAGCUGAAGGGAUUAUUAGGACAAAUCAGUGAAAAAACACAGAAGAAAACAACAGUUAAGUUUAACAGAAGGCGUAUGGAUGAUUCAGAUGACGACUGAUGUAGCCCAAUAUCAAAUCAAAUUUACACCAUUCAGGAAUUCUCAUUGGAAUGUGAAUGCGGGUGUCAAACUGUGCUACUAUGCAAAAUGACAUGCUGGAGAUAUUUGAAGGAGUACAUCCCGAUUCAUCAGCACUCUAGUGUGACUAUGAAUGAUGUUGUCAGCAUUUUGAUGUGUUUGGUUAUAAAACAGUUUUCCAGCAGAGAUAAACUUUAAUGACAAAUCGUUCAUCUGUGCAUGUUUUAAUGCAUCAUAUUUUAUAAAUGUAGGGUUAUGUGACCCAAGGCCAUUCAAAAAAGGAACUGAAAUAAAGUUUCAAUUUUUUGUGUAGCAGGGCAUAUUUUUCAAGAAGUUAAUGACUUAAACUGGAUUGAAAGCUUCUUUGAGAUUCGAUAAAUUUGUAAUGACAGUUUAAAGAAGUAUGUGUAUCGUUUUUAUUUUUUGUUUUGAGGUACUUUUGAUUGAAUUGAAAACUGGAGAUACUUUCUAACUUGUGCCAUAUUAUUCUUCUUUUGUCAGUUUAUUCCCACUUUUCACUCUGUCAGUGGUAAUUACCGGUAUUAUCAUCAUGAAGCUGAAAAUAAAAACUUUCAAAUUUAGAAGCCAGGCACGAACUUUACUGGAAGAUGGGGCAGGUUAAAGGCAAAAAAAAAACCAACCACAGUAAAAUGAAGUAUAUAUCAGAUGAAAGACCAUUAAACAUGGCCCAGGAAAAUAAUUCAGUGUAUUUUUUUGAGUUUUCCAAUUGUCUAAAAUGUGUAAUGCAUUAGAAUCUAGUGGUCUGUAGUGAUACAUUAGAAUCUAGUGGUCUGUAGUGAUACAUUAGAAUCUAGUGGUCUGUAGUGACCCAGAGGCUGUAAGUGACGUCACAUCCAUAUUUUUUGCUUGACAGUGUUCAUUAAAACAACCAUUUUGCCAGUGUAUUCAUACACUGUAUAUACAUAUCUGUAUAUUUAAGCAUUUAUAAUGAUGAAAUCUAGCAGUCUGUGUGUGCUAAGUGGCAAAAAACUGAUGUGAUGUCACUGGUCACAAAAGGCCACCUUAGAAUCCCAAGUUUCAAAUGCAUUUAAAAAAAAAAAUAAAUCCAUAUCUUGCAGACGGUGUUUGAUGAUCAUCGUCUGGUAGAUACUUCAUGUUUUUUGUGUCUUCUUUGCCUGUAAGUGUUGUUAGGGAUGUACUUUAGGAGAAUGAAGAUAAUAAAUAAACAGGAUCAAGUUAUGAGAUUGAAGUCUAUAUACAUGUAUGUAAGUGACAGGACUUACCAGUUGAGGAUUUGAACCAGCGAUCUUUGGGUUUGGAGUCUAAGCUUCUACCACUAAACUGAAGGGAAAUUACCUCCAGCUGGGAGGUAGAUAGCGCUUAUGUAUCACUCUGUUACAUGAACAGCUGUAUAUUGGUCUGGUUAUUGUGUCAUGCCUACAUGAAGGUGUGCCCACCAAGAGGAAGCCACAUACCACAUAUCACCUAUACUCACUUAACAUUGCGAACUGUAGUACAAAAAGUGAUUAUUUGGUGAAAAAUUUUGUCAAGUUAUAUGUGAAUUACUGUUUGUCAGAAAAUUUCACAUCUUAAAGCGUUCAGUUGGUGAAAAAAUUCUUUAAAUUAUGUGAGUUACUAUAGCUGAAUUGGCUGACUAGUGUCCGUCAAAGCGUCUCAUAAUAGCUCAGGUGACUCUAAUUUCACAUCAUGUAUUGAGGUUUCUUAUUUUAGAUCAUUACAAUGUCAAGGUAAAUUUUUUCACAACUUGUUGUCUGUAACCAUGUGUAAGACAUUGUGUAAAUGUAUGGCUUGUGUGGAAUAAAUUGUGCUUUU